AUGCAUCCCAAGUGGGCCAUGGUGAUCUGGCCGAAUCCGGGGAAAGGGCACGGAUCGGGAUCAGUUGAUGUUCUGCCCGGGAUCCGGAGUGGUGUGUCCGAUCAGACCAUCCGGAUACCCACCACCACAACCGAGGAGGAGAAAAGUACAUAUACUUUUUUGUCGACUCGAUUUACAACCUCAAAGCGAAUCAACAGCGUGACGGGAUAUGCGCUGAGGAAGCCCAUCAUGGACUACACCUUCAACACCACCCUGGCCGCGCCGGCGACGGGCUCCUACCACGAGCUAUACGAGAUCGCCAGCCUGAACCCCAAACUGUCCUUCCUGGAGAAGCUCUGGUGGACGCACUACGCCUACUGGGACAACGACAUCAUCGCAACAGGAAUCAUCACCUUCCUCGCGCACGAGAUCCUGUACUUCAGCCGCUGCAUCCCAUGGAUCAUCGCAGACGCCUUCCCCAGCCUCUUCCACCGCUUCAAGAUCCAAGACACGAAGGCCCCGCCGUCGGCGCGCGAGCAAUGGAACUGCGUGAAAUACAUCCUGGCGAUCCACUUCAUCGUCGAGCUGCCGCUGAUCGUCCUCUUCCACCCGAUGAUGGAAUUCUUCGGACUGCAAUACACCCUCCCCUUUCCCGACCUGAAGACCCUCGCCCUGCAAACCACCAUCUUCUUCUUCGUCGAGGACACCUACCACUACUGGCUCCACCGCGCCUUCCACUGGGGCCCGCUGUACCGCGCCGUCCACCGCGUCCACCACCAGUACGCCACCCCCUUCGGCCUGACGGCCGAAUACGCCAGCCCCUGGGAGACGAUGCUGCUGGGCUUCGGGACCAUCGGCCCCCCGCUCGUGCUGGGCUGGUGCACGGGCGAGGUCCACCUGAUGACCGUGCUGGUCUGGGUCGCGCUGCGCCAGUUCCAGGCCAUCGACGCGCACUCCGGGUAUGAUUUCCCCUGGAGCCUGCGCAGGGUCUUCCCGCUGUGGGGCGGCUCCGAUUGGCAUGAUGAUCAUCAUCGGUAUUUUCGGGGCAAUUAUUCCAGCUCGUUUAAGCAUUGGGAUGUGUUGAUGGGAACGGUUGCCGGGCCGAGGGGGAAGAAGAUGAAGAAGAGCGAGUAG